ACCUCAAAGAUUCGGAAAAUUCUAGUGCAUGCUAUAUAUCUCAAUUGUAGAUGUAGAAUAGAUUAACCUCAAAGAUUCUAGCUUUUUCGAGAAACUGAAGAAACAGAACAUGGGUUUUGAGUUUGAGUUUGAGUUUGAGUUUCAGAGAGAGAGAGAGAGAGUAGAAUCCACAUAUUGAAUUGAGAUUUCAGAGAGAGAGAAGAAAAGGGUGCAGCAGAAAAAGAAAGAAAAAAGCGAGGUUUGAUGGUGAAAAAGUUGAAGCGCGGAGUAUUUGUUGGGAAGACAAGAGGAGGGGUUUGUACUACGCCACCGCCCAUUUGGAGACUCGAGUUCUGUUCUGAGCCUCAUACUAACAAACCCAACAACUCAGAGUUUCUCGACCUGAAAACCACAACCACAUCAAUCUCUUCUAGAAAUCUCUGUGCUAGUCUCUGGGAAAUCGAGUCUUACCAGAACCCACUUGCCCAAAUGAGCAGAGCAGGAGCUAGACUUGGCCAUAAGCACAGGAAGAACAAUGGGGCUGAGCUUGAAAGUCCUAAUAGGGAGCCUCAUGAUCAGCCAGCAAGUGCAAGCAGUUUGAGGAAGUUUGUAUCCACGUCACUGAUACAGCACCAUCAAGCAGUUGAGAGCAAUGGUCGUGCUUUGUGGCCCCGAUCCCCUUCUAGUUGUGGUAGUUCAAUGCAGGUCGCACCAUAUAAGGGAAGGAAGGGUGAGUCAAGUUGUGGUCUUAAAACAUCCACAGAAUUACUUAAAGUACUCAACCGUAUCUGGAGUCUUGAAGAACAACAUGCUUCUAAUAUAUCAUUGGUAAAAGCACUGAAAAUGGAACUACAUCAUUCUCAGGGUAUAAUUGACCAGUUGGUGCAUGAAAAGCAAUGGGAUAGGCAAGAAAUGAAUGACUUGAUGAAGCAAGUUUCAGAUCAUAGUCGAAUCAAAGCUGCUGUUCAGUUGGUUAAGGAUGAGCUAGAAGGUGAAAGGAAGUUGAAAAAGCAUUCAGAGAGCCUACAUCGCAAGCUAGCUCGGGAGCUUUCUGAAGUGAAAUUUGCUUUCUCCAAUGCUUUGAGAGAGCUUGAAAGGGAGAAGAAAGCACGUAUCCUUAUGGAAAACCUGUGCGAUGAGUUUUCCAAGGGAAUAAGAGAGUAUGAGCAAGAGGUGCGUUCUCUGAAGCACAGUCCUGAAAAAGAGCAGAGUGGUGUGGUUAGUUCUGAAAGAUUGAUUCUCCAUAUUUCAGAAGCAUGGUUUGAUGAACGGAUGCAAAUGAAGAUAGCUGAAGGUCAGAAUGAUCUUGGAGAGAAGAAUACAAUUGUGGACAAGUUAGGUUUUGAUAUAGAGAGCUUUCUUGAAGCUAAACGAUCUGUUGACUCAAAGUUAAAUAUUGAGUUAUCCCAAAAAAAGCUUAGGGAAAACUGCUCACGCCGACUUUCAUUAGAGUCCUUUCCCUUGAAUGAGGCUGUAAGCGCACCACGAAAUGCUGCUGAAGAUUCUACUGAUAGUGAUUCCCACUAUUUACAAGCAGCCAGGAGUGCUAGUGGAAAACAAACCGGACGAAGCUCUAGACAAAGGAACAAUAAUGAUGCGAAGGGGCAGUAUGGAGGAAUAGAUAAAUCGAGUUCCAUGAAGAAACAGGCAGAGGAGCACAUUAAGGGGAAUGUCAUUUCUGGUUUUCAAGGGCAGUUUAAACAACACAUGGCAAAAACCAUGUCCUGUGAUGGAAACAGGAUCCUGUUUGCAGACAGGGAAGAUGGCGAGCUGGGAGAAGAGAAUCCAGCUAUGAUUGACAAUCUUGGAGAAUCUGUAUCCUGUGAUGCAAUCAGAGAAGGUCUGCAUGAAACAGAAAGCAUAAGGGUGGAAACACAUGGACUAAAAUCCAAUCAUCCUGACACUAACUGCAGGGUGAAAGGUUGUGUCCAGUCUGUGUUCACAGGUAAUGCUAGUCCAAUUCAGAAAUGGAAGUCUAACUUAACAGUCCCCGAUUUUGGAAAACCUGAAUCUUCCUUGGAUUGGCCCCCAGACCUCGACGAAAAUACCUUGAUGGCAAAAUUACUUGAAGCAAGGUUAGAAGCAAAGAACUCGCGCACCAGAAGUUCUAAAGGGCUGUUGUAGUUUGAUGACACUUGUAGAUCUGCUCGUAGUAAGCUUCUCAUCGAGAACUGCUGAUCCUUUGCUUGAGGCCUGGAUCUUUGUAAACUUAGGUUCUUGUUCAAUGUUAAACGAAAUGCAGAACAAUUCUGUUUCCCCUGGUAAAUUUAGAGUUACACUGUACAUGAGAAUUGUUUUGUA